AUGUCAGUCCCAUCAAUCUACGAUGUUAUAGUUGUCGGCGGAGGAGCCGCUGGCAUUGGUGCAGCAAUUGGGGCGAGACAAGCGAAUCCUCGAGCACGGAUUUUACUUGUUGAGUCCGAGGCUUGUUUAGGAGGAGCGGCUACACAUCGAGGAGUAGUCACGUAUUGUGGCCUCUUUACUUUGGAGAAGCACCCUCGGGUUGCGAUCGGGCAGAUAUGGUCAGAUCUGCGACGGAGACUUCUUGAUAUCCAGGGUACUGCUGAGACCCCGGUUCGCCAUCGAGGAAUCUUCCAGGUCAUUGACCCUGAAUGUCUGAAAGUGGUCUUGGACGAUUUGAUCACCGAGCAUAACAUCGAAGUGUUGCUCCAUGCGAAUGUAGUCGGGGCCCAUCGCUCAACACGGAGCUCAAUCAGCUCUAUAGAGAUACAGGACCGGAGAGGCGCCCACCUAGUGCAAGGCCGUGCAUUUGUGGACUGCUCGGGGGAUGGUGAUCUGGCUUACCACGGAGGCGCAUCAACCCGGCUUGGAAACCAUGGCAAUGUCAAUUUAGGGUCUUUAGCCAUUCGAUUUGGUGGAGUGGCAGCGGGCACAAAACCAACGGCAGCCAUUUGGCGCCAGGCUCUCAUCAAUGCCAAGAACGACCCCAACGGCCCGGGAGCGACACUAAAAAAGGUCGACUCUGUCUUGAUUCAACUUCCUCAAUCAGGGCAUUUUGUUUGCUUCCUACCGACUGCUUCCUACGAUCCGACUGAAGCAGCAAGCAUCACCCAGGCCGAAAUAUCGGCAAGAAAACAAGCACAGCAGUACUUGAGUAUUCUGCGAGGAAUUCCGGGUCAUGAGAAUAUGCAUAUCGUCUCGACUGGGCCCAACUUCGGCACUCGAGAAAGUCGUCACGUCAAUGCAGUGUACCAAUUAACGGAGAACGACAUCAUGACCAGCGCCCAGUUCCCAGAUGUUAUCGGUCUAGGUGCUUGGGCGUCUGAGUUCCAUGACGAAAAAGACCCGAACUGGGCGAGUACAUUCAGAUAUACGCCCGGUGGAUGCUUCGAGAUCCCAUUGCGCUGUCUCCAGAGCUCAGAUACCAACAAUUUACUUGUUGCUGGCAGAUGUGUAGACGGUGAUCAGUAUGCUUCAGGUGCUAUUAGGGUCAUGGGUACUGCCCUAGCAACAGGGCAGGCCGCAGGGGUGGCUGCUAGUCUUCUCGCGGACAAGGGGGAUGACUGGACAGUUUCAGACGUUCAAGAGUGUCUCAAAGCAAACGGCGCGUUUCUAGAUCCCUCUGCGCUCCCCGAUGCACCUCCAAUUUCGUGA